AUGGCUCUUUCAUUUGCUCACAAUCCUCCUCUUCAUCUUCACGUUAACAAAACCCCUUUUCCUUUUCAAUCUAAACCAAACCUAAAUUGCUCACUAUUCCUCCAAUUCCCAUCUACUCGGUGUUCCUCAAGCUCCAACCACAAAACCAGCAGCGUCAACCUCAGAACUUGCAAGAACUGCAAAACCCAAUUCGACCCUUCCCUCAACCACCCUCUUGCUUGUCGAUUUCAUACUGCCCAUUAUGGAGGAGAAACUAAGAGAAAGUUUGAGAGUGUCUAUGAAGGGGGCACCAUGAGCACUCCUGGCUCUGGAAAAGUUCUUCAGUAUUGGCAUUGUUGUGGAUCUGAAGAUCCAUUUGAUCUCGGUUGCACCGCUUCUCCUCACUCCUCGUAUGAUGACUGA